ACAUUCACCUAUCCAAGCCAGCACAUUAUUUUUCCAAUAUGAUACAAACACAAAAAGCUACACCUAUAAAUGGAGACACAUUUCAUUUCACAACCAUCUUACCUUUCUGAGUUUCAAAACCUUAACCAACCUUUUUCUCUUCUUCUUUGACUAUCUCUUUCUCUAAAUGGCUUCUUCACCAGCCUUAAAGCGCACAGAUUCUAUAGCAGAUAACAUGCCGGAAGCAUUGAGGCAGAGCCGGUACCAAAUGAAGAGGUGCUUUGCAAAGUACCUUGAGAAGGGGAGAAGGAUCAUGAAACUUCACCAUUUGAUGGAAGAAAUGGAACGAGCUAUAGAUGAUGAAAGUGAAAGAAACCAAGUUUUGGAGGGCACUCUUGGUUUCAUAUUGUGCUCAACACAGGAAGCUGUUGUGGAUCCACCACAUGUUGCCUUUGGAAUAAGGCCUAGUCCAGGAGUUUGGGAAUUUGUACGUGUGAACUCUGAGGACCUCUCUGUUGAGGCUAUCACCCCCACUGACUACCUCAAAUUCAAGGAAAGGGUGUAUGAUGAAAAAUGGGCAAACGAUGAAAAUGCACUUGAAGCUGACUUUGGAGCUUUUGACAUGGGGAUUCCUCAAUUAACACUGCCUUCUUCAAUUGGAAAUGGACUUCAAUUUGUUUCAAAGUUCUUAACCACAAGGUUAUCUGGGAAAUUGGCUAAAACACAGGCUAUAGUGGACUACUUGUUAACACUAACUCAUCAGGGAGAAAGCCUGAUGAUAAAUGACACCUUGAGCUCAGCGGCAAAUCUUCAGAAUGCACUGAUAUUGGCUGAUGCAUUCCUCUCACUACUUCCCAAAGACACUGCAUAUCAAGAAUUUGAGCUAAGGCUUAAAGAGUGGGGAUUUGAAAGAGGAUGGGGAGACACUGCAGGAAGAGUGAAGGAGACAAUGAAAACCCUAUCAGAAAUACUCCAAGCACCAGACCCAGUGAACCUGGAUAACUUUUUCAGCAGGAUUCCCACAAUAUUCAAAGUAGUAAUCUUCUCAGUUCAUGGUUAUUUUGGACAAGCAGAUGUCCUUGGUUUGCCAGACACUGGUGGCCAGGUAGUUUACAUAUUGGACCAAGUGAAGGCUCUGGAAGCAGAGUUGCUUCUCAGAAUUAAGCAACAAGGACUAAAUGUGAAGCCUCAAAUUCUUGUGGUAACAAGGCUCAUUCCUGAUGCUAGAGGAACCAAGUGCCACCAAGAGCUAGAACCAAUCAAUGAUACCAAGUACUCCCACAUUCUACGUGUGCCCUUCAAGACAGAUAAAGGAAUUCUUCGCCAUUGGGUUUCUCGCUUUGACAUUUAUCCCUAUCUUGAGAGGUUUACUCAGGAUGCAACAGCCAAGGUUUUGGACCUCAUGGAAGGGAAACCAGAUCUUGUUAUUGGAAAUUACACUGAUGGAAAUUUGGUAGCAUCUCUAAUGGCUAGAAAACUUAGGAUAACUCAGGGAACUAUAGCACAUGCUUUAGAGAAAACCAAGUAUGAAGACUCAGAUGUCAAGUGGAAAGAGUUGGAUCCCAAGUAUCAUUUCUCUUGUCAAUUCAUGGCUGAUACAGUUGCAAUGAAUGCAUCUGACUUCAUCAUAACCAGCACAUACCAAGAAAUUGCUGGAAGCAAAGAAAGACCUGGACAAUAUGAAAGCCAUGCUGCAUUCACUCUCCCAGGGCUUUGUAGAGUUGUUUCAGGGAUAAAUGUGUUUGAUCCCAAGUUCAACAUAGCUGCUCCUGGAGCUGACCAGUCUAUCUACUUCCCAUACACAGAGAAAGAGAAAAGACUCACUCAAUUUCAACCUUCCAUUGAAGACCUUCUCUUUAAUAAAGUGGAUAACGCUGAGCAUAUUGGAUAUCUAGCAGAUAGGAGGAAGCCAAUCAUCUUCUCAAUGGCAAGGCUUGAUGUUGUGAAGAACUUAACCGGGUUAGUCGAAUGGUAUGGAAAGAACAAGAGACUGAGAAACUUGGUGAACCUUGUCAUAGUUGGGGGCUACUUUGACCCUUCAAAAUCAAAAGAUAGGGAGGAAGUGGCAGAGAUAAAAAAGAUGCAUGACUUAAUUGAAAAACACCAACUCAAGGGCCAAUUCAGAUGGAUUGCUGCGCAGACUAAUCGAUACCGCAAUGGUGAGCUCUACCGUUGCAUUGCUGACUCAAAGGGAGCUUUUGUGCAGCCUGCUAUGUAUGAAGCAUUUGGACUAACUGUCAUUGAAGCAAUGAACUGUGGCUUGCCCACUUUUGCUACCAAUCAAGGUGGUCCAGCUGAAAUCAUUGUUGAUGGGGUCUCUGGCUUCCACAUUGACCCUCUCAAUGGAGAUGAAUCAAGCAACAAAAUUGCUGAUUUCUUUGAAAAAUGCAAAGCAGAUCCAUCAUACUGGAACUUGAUUUCUGCAGCUGGUUUGCGGCGCAUAUAUGAAUGCUAUACCUGGAAGAUCUAUGCAAACAAAUUGGUAAAUAUGGGAAACAUGUAUACCUUCUGGAGCGUAGUGAAUAAGGAGCAAAAAGAGGCAAAGCAGAGAUACAUCCACAUGUUCUACAAUCUGAUAUUUAAGAACUUGGUGAAAACUAUACGUGUUCCAAGUGAUGAACCUCCACAACCAGUGGGCAAGCAGCCGAGUAAAGUGAGCUCGAGCACCAGACGUUCACAGUCCUCAUUGCGAAGGUUGCUUGGAGCUUAAUUACUUGGAGCUUAAUGGUCUCAACCAGAAAGCAUGUCAAGUACGAGGAGACAUCUCAUCAUAAUACUGAUAUUCUCUGGUGUAAAUUUAUUUUUUUGUUAUUCAUUAAAUGAAGAAGCUAUGUAAUUGUUGCUAUAUAGCAACUGUUUCAUGUGAUCAAUAAAAUGUUGUGCGUGAGGAAAUUUCUAACGAA